AUGAUCCCGAGCAUUCGAGACUGGUUUGAUCGUGCCCGAUGUGAAAAUCUGCUUAACGAUGACUUGGAGGAGUCCAGAAUGCUUUUCAGUCUCAAACGGAAGACAUCUGACGAGCCUGAUCACGAAGGUUCUUGUCCAGGCCGAGCGGUCAACACUGACCGUGACUUUGAAGAAGGAUAUAGAAGAAUAUUUCAAGAUUAUUUUGUUGAUUAUCCAAUUUACUCUUCAAAGUUGUUCAGGCGACGUUUUCGUAUGCGCCGUGAGCUAUUUCUUAGAAUCAUCAAUGGCGUUAAGGCCCAAGAUCCUUGGUUCGAACAGAAAAUUGAUGCACUUGGAAAGAAAGGUCUCUACCCUCUCCAGAAAGUGGUUGCUGCAAUUCGAUUACUUGCGUACGGAUGUAGCUGCAAUAUAAUUGGCGAUUAUAUUCAAAUCAGUGAGUCUUCAGCGAGCGAUUGUUUGCAGCAUUUCUGUGCGGCAAUUGAAGCACACUUCGGUCCAGAGUAUUUACGCUCACCGACAGAGGAAGAUUUGAAGCGAAUUCUCAUAGGAAACGCUGCAUGUGGAUUCCUUGGGAUGAUUGGCUCCAUUGAUUGCUAUAACUGGAAAUAA